CGUGGGCCCACUCGAGCCUACUUCGUCGGGGCAUCUCGAGCAGAAUGGCCGUGCUGUGUUUCCUCGGAUUUCCACUGCGCGGGCCAUGAAACACGCGCACCGUUAUAGCGAUCCGCAAUCGGGAUCGGCUUUGCGCAGAAAACUCUGCACGAAUCAGUAACUGGCAACAUCGAACUGGCCAGCUGAACGCCGAUUGGAACCCUGGCGUUGGCUCGGGCCAGAGCAUUGGCUCGGUGCAGCUGAUCUGCUCCUCCAGGGCCAGGCCAUGCGGCAAGAAGGUUCGGGUUGGUCAGCAUCACCAGGAACGUUUAGGCGGUGAUGCAGCAACGAACCUCGAACAAACAGUUAAAAUAACAGGUGCCAUGGCCAGCCUAAAACACAAUAUAACUUGGGACACUGUCGCCACAGGUGGCUCCAAGCAGAGCGAGAUGCAGUGCACCAAGACGGCGCGGGAGGAGAUGGAGGGGGAGAAGGGAAUGGGGGAGAUGCAUAUGGAGGGGUGGGAGACCAGUGCCCGAGCUGCAGGAAAACAGCUGCCCCGAUCCUGCUGGCGUGCCACGGGCGGCCGAGAUACUGAUCGCAUCCAACACCCCACGCUGGGCAAGCGACGAGUGUGCACGCCCACCCGCGCUCGGAAGGGCACGUACUGCGGCAAUACUGCACGCCAAAAGACAAAGUAAACAUGAAGAGUGAGGGGAGGAGGGGAUAGAGGGGCAGUGGAGGAGUAAGAGCAACGCAACAAGUGUCUCAUCCCAAACGCAUAAAAUUAGCAUUUGGGAAGGGAGCACCUAAACAAUUGCUUAGCAUUAAACAAUUGCUGCCGUAGCAGCAGAUGUGGCUAUCGGGAGCUGUUUCUAAGCUGUUGCCUCAGGGUCCGUGGUGCAGUGCAGGCCAAACAAAUGAUGGUACCCUGCUUGAUACCCAGACUUCAGAAAAAAAAACGUACUAAACGCACAUCCGAUCAGCAUCCGGUAAUUGGGGCCACAGGUUUGCCCCUGGCGACACCCCAUCCACUGCGCUGCGUGCUGCCCAUUGCCUGUUGCAACGACGCCUUAUAGAUGCACUUGCACCUGCUUCCCUUGCGGCCUCGGCACCUCUUGCAUCGCCUGCCUCGGCUGCUCAUGUGAUUGACCUCGACGUUGCCGCUUCGUGGGGGCGCUGAAAUUUCACACAGACCCAUGGCCUUCCUGGGUGAGAGUGACCUACUCCUUCUCUCCGGGGGCUGUAGCUUGUCAGGGUCAGCCACACAGAUGAAGGUAUUCUCCACCCAGAACUUGACCUCCACUCCUAUGAUCUCGUCCUGCUUGCCGGGUGCGCCCGCACCCACAAUGCCAUGUCGAGCUGCCACAAGUCUCGCUGCCAUCAGCCGUCGACUGAAAUCGCGGGAUGCUCGGGCUGAGAAAUGUGACUGGGGUUGCUGAGUAGUGCUCUGUGAGCGCGGGUGGCGCACGGGCUGCUGGCGCAAGAGCGCUGCGGGACCUCAAAUGUUCGAUCACAGACGGCCUUAGCCAGAAUGGCUACGGACAAACACGAUGACAAUGUUGGGGGGACGCACGUCUCUCUCUUCAAGGC